CUCUUCUCGCUUUCCGUAGUUGAAGUCAGAACUCCUACUCGCUUUCCGUAGUUGAAGUCAAAACUCUACUCGCUUUCCGUAGUUGAAGUUAGAACUCCUACUCGCUUUCCGUAGUUGAAGUAAACAAGCUGAUAUCAUUGUUGACCCCAUCUAGCUUCUGUCAAAGCCUCUUCUAUCUUCUCGUUACCGUGGAAAUCUUCAACUCUCUCUACUCUUUAGUUAACAUGAAAUGUUUGGUGUGAAAUGAUUAAGGCUUGCAAUAAGUUAACAAGAGAAAACAACUAAACUAAACAUGAAACUGCGUGUGAGGAUAAACAAGCAGACCAGCCGGGUGAAGCUGGAGGGAGAGGAGCCAACUCUGACAGAGCUCAACGUUCAAAUCAGAGAGAUUCUUCUGCCUUCACAUGGACUCAGCCCAGACUCAGAGUUCACCUUGUCCCUGAACGGCUCAGAUCUUCUCUCUGACUCUGGUCAGACUUUGUCUUCCUGUGGCAUCGUCACUGGGGACCUGGUCUGUGUCAUCCUGCGUCCAACUGUCGCUGUGCCCUCCGCCGCCUCUACUCCCUCAGCCCGCCAGGCUGUGCCCUCAGGCUACCCUGCUCCCUCCGCCUGCCAGGCUGUGCCCUCCGCUGCCCCUGCUUCCUCCGCUGCCCCUGCUCCCUCAGCCCGCCAGGCUGUGCCCUCAGGCUACCCUGCUUCCUCCGCUGCCUUUGCCUCCUCAGCCCGCCAGGCACCCAGCAACAGCAGCAGUAGUAGUAGUAGUACUGGGCUGUACCAAGCUGUACACCCACCAGCCCAACGCUCCAGUGAGGCCAGCAUGGGGGUGGAGCCUCAACGGGAAGUGGUCAGAGAGGAAGAAGAGGCAGGCCGGUGGGUUUGGGAACCCAUGCUGUGUGGGGAAGCAGAAGGAGGGAAGGUACCCCAUUCCCUGGAGGUUCUGUACCACCAGGCUCAGAGCAGCAGUACCUGUGAUGCCCUGAUGGUGGCAGUACACCUCCUGAUGGUUGAGACGGGCUUCCUGUGUCAGGGCUCUGAGGGGCGUCCUGGUGAGAUGCCAGCUGGGUGGAGGGCACCAGGAGGGCUGUACAGACUGCAGUAUGCCCAUCCUCUCUGUGACGACAGCCUGGCCAUGGUCCUAGCUGUACCCAUGGGACCCAUUCUGGUUAUCAACGCCACCCUGAAGGUGAAGCAGCAGGUGGAAACAGUGAGGAAACUGUCGCUGAAACCCUCCACCUAUGUGACUGACCAGUGGACAGGUGACAGCGCAGCGGCCGUCUACACAGAGCUGAGGAAGUUGUCCCGGGUCUUCAAAGACCAGCUGGUGUAUCCUCUGAUAGCUUCAGCCAGAGAAGCCAUGGCCCUGCCAGCAGUGUUUGGCCUGCCAGUCCUUCCUCCAGAGCUGUUACUGAGGGUGCUGAGACUGCUGGAUGUCUCCUCUCUCCUGGCCCUCUCCUCGGUCAACAGGCACCUCCACCAGACCACCACAGACCCGGCUCUCUGGAGACAUCUCUACCGCCGAGACUUCAGGGACUGCCAAGACCUCAGCCGAGACGGAGGCACUCAGUGGAAAGAGCUCUACAAGAAGAAGUACAAGUGGAGGAGAGAGGCAGCCAGUUACCCCCGCCACAUGCCCCGUUACCACCCUGUCCCCCCACCCCUCUACCCCCUCCACCCCCUUCCCAACAACCCCUUCCCCUUCUACCCGCCUGGCAUCAUCGGUGGGGAGUACGACCAGAGACCCGGCAUCCCCGGUGGUAUUCUGCCCCGCCCACGCUACGACCCUAUUGGUCCGCUCCCAGGUCACGAUCCCACAGCAGGAGGGCUGAUUGGACGAAGGGGUCUGAGACCUGCUGGGAACCGGCCGGCUGACAUCAGAAGAGGGUUCAUAUGACCCCCCCCCCACCCUGACCAGUGACCUCUAGUGGUGGUGUAGCGGUAUGACCACCUCACAGAGAAGCUUAAAUAAAACAGAGAUGAACGCUAACCCCCAUCCAGCCUGCUUAUUAUCACCCAAACCUCAUCCAGGUGUUUUUUUUGUAAACCUUAUCCCUGACCCCAAAUCAGCUUUAAUAGCUCAUGUUCUUCUGUGUGUGUGUGUGUGUGUGUGUGUGUGUGUGUGUGUGUGUGUGUGUGUGUGUGUGUGUUUAGUAAGUGAUGAGGUAACCUCAUACUGAUCUGCUAUCUUCAUUAGAUCGCUCUGUUGUUGCAGAGAAUGUUGCUGCACAGCAGGAAAUGCAAACUUCUAAAAAGUUUUCCUGUUGAGAAACCGGUCAAAUUUAAAGAUGGCGGAUCUGUAGGGGUGCCUGGGGGGAUUGAGGUAGCAGAUCUGUAGGGGUGCCUGGGGGAUUGAGGUAGC